AUGAAUAAGUUAUAUUUGCUCAUACUGGGCGUCGUAGCUCAAGCCUACGGUCGACCCCAAGAAAUAUCACCAAUUGAUCAUAGAAUUCGUAUCCCGGACCCAAACUGUAUUAGGAACCAUCAGCUGCUACCUCACGAAUACGACUGUACCAAGUUCUAUUACUGCGAAGAUGGAUACCGUCACAUAAAGCCCAGAGAUUGUGCUCCUGGAACUGAGUUUUCAGAAACAUUGGAGGUAUGCAUACAUCCUGCAGCAGCUCAAUGUACUUUGCCUGGAGUACCACCAGAGACAGCAACAACCCCAACAACAACGACAACCCCAACGACAACAACAACUCCCACAACUACAACAACACCAACGACAACGACAACCCCAACAACAACGACAACCCCAACAACCACGACAACCCCGACAACAACAACCACCCCAACAACUACUACUACCACUACUACAACACCAGCUCCAACAACAACAACUACUACCACUACUACAACACCAGCCCCAACAACAACUUCUACUACCACUACUACAACGCCAGCCCCAACGACAACAUCAACUACCACUACUACAACACCAGCCCCAACGACAACAUCUACUACGACUACUACAACGCCAGCACCAACAACUACAUCAACUACCACUACUACAACGCCAGCCCCAACAACGACAUCUACUACCACUACUACAACGCCAGCCCCAACAACAACAACACCAACUACAACUACAACCACCCCACAACCACAACCGUCAUCUACAACGCAAAGCACACCAGGUGUAACCUUACCUAAUGGAUGUCCAGCAGACUUUGAUGAGCAUAAGUUGUUACCCCAUGAAAAUUAUUGCAACAAAUUCUACUACUGUGUUCAUGGAAAUAUAGUUGAAGCAAAAUGUGCCCCAGGAACUGUCUUCAACUACGAAAUUCAGGUAUGCGACUGGCCUGCCAACGUUGAUUGUGGAGACAGAAUUAUCGAAGAAGAUAAUGGAGGAGGCGGUGACACUCCAUCCACUUCAUCCCCACCUGGUGACGGAGAUGGUGACUUUGAAACAUUACCCAAUGGUUGUCCUGCUGACUUUAGCAAAGAGCUCUUAUUGCCACACGAUAACGAUUGCGGACAAUACUACCAGUGUGUUCACGGAAACUUAGUAGCACGCCCAUGUCCUCCCGGCCUCCACUUCAGCUAUGAACUCCAGAGAUGCGAAUGGCCUGAAAUUGCAAAUUGCAUUCCAUCUGGAAAUCCAACCGAAGGUCCCUCUGUACCUGAUCAACCCACAGCUCCUACAACCGGAAACCCGACAGGAGGUCCAUCUUCCCCUGUUCCAACAGCACCACCCACAGCUCCGCCUACUGGAGCCCCGACAGGAGGUCCAUCAUCGCCUGAUCAACCCUCAGCUCCUACAACCGGUGCCCCGACAGGAGGUCCUUCUUCACCUGCUACAACGGCACCACCCACAGCUCCACCUACUGGAGCCCCGACAGGAGGUCCUUCUUCACCUGCUCCAACGGCGCCUCCUACAGCUCCACCAACUGGAGCCCCGACAGGAGGUCCAUCCUCAUCUGCUCCAACGGUGCCACCUACAGCUCCUACAACCGCAGCCCCAACAGAUGGUCCUUCUUCACCUGCUCCAACGGCGCCACCUACAGCUCCUACAACUGGAGCCCCGACAGGAGGUCCAUCUUCGCCUGCUCCAACCACAAGACCACCGGCGCCACCUACAAGUCCAGGAUCAACACCAGCUCCGGAACUUUUACCUAAUGGCUGUCCUGCUAACUUUAGCGAAGAGCUCUUAUUGCCACACGAUAACGAUUGUGGACAAUACUACCUAUGUGUUCACGGAAACUUAGUUGUUCGCCCAUGUCCUCCCGGCCUCCACUUCAGCUAUGAACUUCAGAGAUGCGAUUGGCCCGAAAUCGCAAAUUGCAUUCCAUCUGCAAAGCCAACUGAAGGUCCGUCUUCACCUGAUCAACCCACAGCUCCAACAACUGGAGCCCCAACAGUAGGUCCAUCUUCCCCUGCACCAACGGCACCGACUACAGCUCCACCAACCGGAGCCCCAACAGGAGGUCCAUCUUCUCCUGCUCCGACAGCACCACCAACAGCUCCACCUACUGGAGCCCCGUCAGAAGGUCCAUCUUCCCCUGCACCAACAGCACCACCUACAGCUCCACCUACUGGAGCCCCGACAGGAGGUCCAUCUUCGCCUGCUCCAACAGCACCACCCACAGCUCCACCCACUGCAUCAACGACAUCCACAACUGCAGCCCCUGGAGGUGGAGAUGGAAAUGAUGAUAAAUGCAAGACGGGAUGCAAUGUGCCUCACUGGCCCCACGAAACAGAUUGCGAUAAAUUCUGGAGCUGUAAUGGAGACCAAAAAGUCUUAGGAGUUUGCUCUACAGGACUACACUUCAACCCACAAACUCAAACUUGUGACUUCAUCUGCAACGUAUCAUGUGAAAGAAAGUCAGUCCAAACUAAUUAUAAUGCGGACGGCCUCAGCGUAUUCUUGCCUUGGGAGAAGGUUGACGAACUUGCUAAGCUUAACAAUCUGAGUGAAAUACGAAAUAUUGGCUUCGACUUUCUAUAAAGUUUUAGAGUAUGAAAGGGAAGCAGUUUGUAAAUUUACACGUAAAUCUACAAAAUUUGGGAUUACUUUGUUUGUUUACAAAUUUGAAAAAUUGUUUAGUUACAUUUAGUCUGAGGAAUAAUGGUUAUAAACUUCGCCCCUUAAAUUUACUUAGUAUUUAUUGUUAAUUUAUAGAAAA